AUGAAUUCUGAAUACACCUCGGAGAAUCGAAUGUUAGUUCCGGAGAGGAAAGCCUCCACAGGAGCCCGCGAUCGGUCGCGCGCAAUUCCAUCACCCCAGUGUCUCCUUCUUGUCUAUCAUACUUCUCUGCCGGUUCUUUCUUGCUGCGUGGAGUUGGAUCCUGUCUUCUUAUCUGCAAGAGAUCGGGUCAUGCUGUGA